AAAACGACGACCGGUUUAGUCGUUCAGCAGUCUCCGUGCAGUGAGCAUGUUUGUACGCCAGACAUCGUCGUUGGUCGGUUGUCGUCAUCGCCACUAUAUAGUAUAGUAGUAUAGCCGUCGUUUCGCGAACAUCCAUCGAAUCGUUGCCGUUGCCGUUGCCGUCGCCUUUUCGGAAGACGAGAAGACGAGACUCUUAAAUCCCUCGAACAAAACGCGCGUGUGCACAGAUCAGUUUUAUACAUCCAUAUAAUCAGUAAACCCAGUGCUUAGUGACCGAGAAUAAUUAACCGAAAACUUCAUGGAAUAAAUAACCGUACAAGUGCCUUACAAAUAUCCCUGCUCAAUGCCGGAUACCUCUUGAGUCUGGCCCCAAAAAGCGCUCGCUCUCAAGAUCCCUAACCCACAGAAAUCUCGAGUGUGCUUCGCCGAGUGUCCUGUCAGCCAAAUAUAUGGUAAUGGCAGAGAUUGGUGGCCAUUUGGCUCACCAGCUACCGUUGCACAAUCACAACCACAAUCAAACUGGAUUACAGCCAUCGCUGGUGAUGAACCAUCACCUGGAUUUGGAUUGUCAUGGACACGAUGUGAUAAAAAAACAACGCCUAUCUCACUGCGUUGGCUGUGGCGGCCAGAUCCACGAUCAGUAUAUCUUGCGCGUUGCCCCCGAUCUCGAGUGGCAUGCGGCGUGUCUGAAAUGCCAGGAGUGCAGGCAAUUUCUGGACGAAAGCUGUACGUGUUUUGUGCGCGAUGGCAAAACCUACUGCAAGCGUGAUUAUGUUAGGUUAUUUGGUACAAAAUGUGAUAAAUGCGGCAACUCCUUCAGCAAAAAUGAUUUUGUAAUGCGGGCCAAAACGAAAAUCUUUCACAUCGAGUGUUUUCGAUGCUCCGCGUGUGCGCGACAAUUGCUGCCAGGUGAUGAAUUCGCGUUACGCGAUGCCGGAGCUUUAUAUUGCAAGGAGGAUCACGAUGUGCUGGAGAAAUCGUCGCAGAGCAGCCUCACUUCUUCGUCGGUGGAGAGCAACAACAAUAUUAGCAGUAGUAACAACAACAACACCAACCUUAGCAAUAACAACCAUUCCAGCGAAUUGGGUUCAAUGUCAGAUUCUGGCAGCGAAUCGGGCUCACACAAAAGUAUUAGGGAAAAGCGACCCUCGGGGCCUUCGGAUGGCAAGCCAACGCGAGUUCGGACCGUGCUUAAUGAGAAACAGCUGCAUACGCUCAGAACCUGCUACAAUGCUAAUCCGCGACCUGAUGCGCUCAUGAAGGAGCAGCUGGUGGAGAUGACGAGCCUGUCCCCGCGAGUCAUCCGCGUAUGGUUCCAAAACAAGCGCUGCAAGGACAAAAAGAAGACCAUUCAGAUGAAGCUGCAAAUGCAACAGGAGAAGGAGGGUCGCAAGUUGGGCUAUGGCGCCAUGCAGGGCAUCCCCAUGAUCGCCAGUUCCCCAGUCAGACACGACUCCCCUCUGAAUCUCCAGGGUCUGGAUGUGCAGACAUAUCAACCGCCGUGGAAAGCCUUAAGCGACUUCGCCCUGCACGCCGAUCUCGACAGCAAUGGAGCGAUCAAUACACACACGCCCGCAUUUCAGCAGCUGGUCAAUCAGAUGCAUGGCUACGACCUGAACGGGAUGCCCAUCCUGCCGCCGCAUCCGCACUCGCAUCCGGGACAAGGACCUCCCCACCAGCACCCACCGCCUCCUGGCGGACCGCACAACCACCAGAACCAGCAGCCGAACCAACAGCCCGGAGGCAGCAGCCUGGACUCCGGGAUCACCUCUCACCACCAUCCGGACAGCACCGACUCCUACGUCACCUACCUGGAGAGCGAUGACAAAUCCAAGCUGGCGCUGACCCCGUCGUCCUCUUCCUCGGCCUCGGCGGGCACAUCGAUCUCCUCGCCGCCAUCGGGUGUUGGAGCAGGGGGUGGUGGGGGAUGUGGUGGUGGUGCAGGUGUUCUGGGCCUGGGCGUGGGAGUGGUGGCCAAUCAGUCGGCCACCGAGCAGCUCAUGCAAAUGCUCCAAAAGGUAACCGGCUCCGCUUCUCCGGCCUCGCAUGCGGUGCUCUAAAAAAAGGGGGCGUGCGGGGGCGUGGCAGGAAGUCGGCGCGGUAGGAGCUACAGUCGAACCUCACUAACUUGAAUCUAUGUCAUACGGAAAAUUCAAAUCAUUCAAACGUUAUCUCCAUAAAAAUUAUGAUUUUGCAAAACUUUACAACUUUGUUUUAGGGAAAAAUGGUUUAAAUCUUGUCAAGCAUUUAAAAACAAUAAUUUUGGUGUUUUAUUUGAUUUGUAAAAUUGUUCUCGUUUAAAAGUCAUAUUAAGAUUACGAAUAGUUUAAAUUGUAUUUUAAACAUUUAUUUUCCCAAUCAUUUAAUCCUGUUAGGAAAGUUCGACCGUAUUUGGGGAAGUGCAAUGGUUUUUGCCCCUGUUUUUUUAUUCUACUCAUUUGUAUUCUGUAAAUUUAAUUUUAUUCUGUUUGAUUCGGUGCCAAAAAAUAGUCUGUAGGCCGUUGGCAUUUUUGGGGAUAAUCUGGCUCUGGCUCUGGCUCAGUUGCACAUUUCGUUAUGUAACAUACACUUUUGUUGUUGAGUUGCAAAAUGAAAACAUGAAAAAAUUAAAUUAAAAUAAGCUAAACGAAAAUGCUCACACACUUGAAAAGUUUUACGAAUAAUUUUUGACUCGAAAAACAAAAAUUAUGAUAACAAAAGGAAAACAGUUACUUCGCAUCAAGUAGGGAAUUUCAUUAAACAUAAAUUUGUAAAUAACUUUUAUAUAUGAAUAAUAAAAAAAAUAUAUUUUCAUUCAAAAUGCAAAAAAAAGAAGAAGCGAUCGUAAGCAUUCAAAAACAAAAAGAGAAACUGACUCGUGUGUAUUAUAUGGGAUGCAGAAUCCGAGGGGUAGCGAUAAACUAUAAAGGCGCACUUGGCAAACUUGUAAAUCGAAUUAACAACAACAAAAGCAUCUACGUCUAAGUUCGUAAAUUGUAUGGCAAAAGAAACACAAAAUUAUUAUAAAUAAAUAAAUGCAAGAAAUGUAAGUGAGAAAGAAAAACUGUAACUAAAUCUAGACUUAUUUGUUAGUUUUUAAACAUUUCCGAAAUGCAUUAUAAGAUGAGGAAGACAACAAAUCCGGCAGCGGGAAGGAAAGAGAGAGAAACCGAAAUGUACCAAGGAUGUUUAUAAACUGUUUCGUAAAACAACUAAUGUAUUUUCAAUAAUAUUUAACUAAUAUUAAUAAUAAACAGUGCAUAAGUAAUUUUAGUAACUAUAGAAAAUGUUUAAAUGAAAUUACAAACGAAAAUAAAACAGCAAAAAAACAACACGCAAAAUAA